GGCAGCUGAAAAGCGCGUGUGACCAGAAAACCAAAGCGCAGAGAAAAGCAGUGGACAUGUCAACAACCACCACCAUAGCUUCUCCAAUCCCAUAUUGGUAAUAAUGAUCUAAUUAGUUGCUAAAUCUUAACCUUGUGGUGUUUGCUUAAGAGAGUCAAUUAGUCGCUGAGCUUUCACUUUCUUCAUUUGAUCGGCUGGUGAUCCAAGCAACCUCUCUCUCUUAAGCUGAUGGGCUUUGCUUCGAUUUCCCAACGCAGUUGAAUUGUGGUAUGGGCACUCUGAGGAAAUUAGGGUUGAGGUUUCUCUACUGCUUCUUCUUCUGUGCUGCUGCUUCGCUGCUGCUUUCUCCUCCUCCGGUGGCGGCCCUCAGACCCUUGAGGGAAAGGGCUCGCUCCUGGGGCGAUGAGUGGCUAUUUGUAAGAAAAGAUGAAAAUGAGUUGGGACCAUUUUCUACGUGGAACAUAACAGGAACUUAUAGAGGGACUUGGAAGUUUCCUGAUUCUGCUAAUAGAUCUUCCAGAUUCCCGGAAUUUAGGAAAUCCAGUGGCAAUUCUGUCAUCGAAUUAGUUAGCACACAAACAAAAAUAACAGGUGUACAUUAUGUGCAGGGUGUGAUUAUCUUCCAUGAUGUGUUUGACAAUGAACACAAUGUUGGUGGUGUCAAAAUUAGAGUGGAAGGUGUAUUUAUAUGGCCGUUUAGACAGCUUCGAAUGGUAGCUAAUAGUGGGAAAGAGGGAGACUCAAGCCAAGAAGAAGAUUAUAUUUUAUCAAACCCGUAUCAUAUGCUUGGAGCUUUCUCUUCCCAAGUUUUUCAAGAAUCUCCACGAGAUAAGCUAUGGAAGAAAAAGCAUUCGCCAAUUUACGAAAUGGAGAAACAUUGUAAUAUAGAAAUUGCAGGCCAAAUUUCACGUGUAUCAUCUGCCCAUAAUGAUGGAGAUCGUGAUCGUUACCAAAUAGAAGGUUUGAUGGAGAGUCCUGCAGUGGAUGAUGAUGGAGAUUGCUUCUCACCCUUGAUUUUAAAUGCUACUUCUAUCAACGUGGAGGUGUACUAUAAUAAAGCAGUGAACUAUACCUUGAUGGUCACCUUUAUCUCCUUCCUACAAGUUCUUCUCUUAAUUCGGCAAAUGGAACAUAGCAACACUCAGUCAGGGGCUGCCAAAGUGUCGAUUCUAAUGAUUGGCCAACAGGCUAUCAUGGACGCUUAUCUUUGCCUUCUACACUUGACAGCAGGAAUACUUGUUGAAUCCUUAUUUAAUGCUUUUGCAACCGCUGCGUUUUUCAAGUUUGUUGUCUUCUCAAUAUUUGAGAUGAGAUAUCUUCUUGCUAUAUGGAAAGCAAGUAGGCCUACAAAUAGCGGAGAAGGAUGGGAGACGAUGAGGCGUGAGCUUUCAGUUUUAUAUAGCCGUUUCUAUGGAAUUCUUCUUGGAGGCAUUCUGGUCAUGUAUGAGUUCCAUAACUUCCUGAGACCUAUUCUUCUCCUUAUGUACUCUUUUUGGAUACCUCAAAUAAUCACCAAUGUCAUCCGUGAUUCAAGAAAACCCUUGCACCCUCAUUACAUCCUAGGCAUGACUGUUACUCGGCUAGCAAUCCCGUUAUACAUAUUUGGGUGCCCUAACAACUUCAUGCGCAUUGAGCCUGACAAGAGUUGGUGUAUAUGUUUGAGUUUAUUUCUUGGACUGCAAGCAUCAAUUCUUCUUCUCCAGCAUUAUCUUGGCUCUCGGUGGUUCAUUCCUCGUCAGAUUCUACCUGAGAAAUAUAGCUACCAUAGAAGGCCUGAUCAGGAUACAAAUCAUGCCACAGAUUGUGUCAUUUGCAUGACUGGAAUUGAUCUCACACUGCGUUCAGAUGAUUGCAUGGUGACACCAUGCGAUCAUUUCUUUCAUUCGGGUUGUUUACAAAGGUGGAUGGAUAUAAAGAUGGAGUGUCCAACUUGUCGGCGUCCACUGCCCCCUGCCUGAAUUGUCUAUAUCACAUAUAGGAUCCACUGACAUCACCCAACUCACUAAUUUUGGUACAUUGACUCACUGGCAUCCAAGCACUCCUGUAGAAAUAUUCUAAAAUUCUAGGGUUUGACUGGUGCUUACCAGGCAUACCACUCAUUGAUAUUCUUUUGUCAAAAUAAUUCAGCAACCAAACAUGCCUUUUAAAAUAAUCGACCUUGUUGAAUCAAUUUUCUGUAGAAGUCAUUAUUAUUCUCAUAGUUUGUACAGUAAUUGCUAAAGAAAUGUGUACAUUACAUUUCUCACUUUUUGAUGUUUAAGUUUACAAAGUAUUUGCUUCCCACGUUUAAUUAUGAUUUACGAAGUAUCAUAAUCCUGAAUUGCCUCUCUGAAUUCCAUUUCAGGUUGGGUAUUGAA